UCAUGAUUUUCAAUUCUGAAAUCUCAGGCCAAUAACAACAUACAACAUCCCCAGUUGUAACUGGAGGUAGUGUUAUUGCUUUGGUUUACAAUGGAGGAGUAAUUGUUGGGACAGAUACUCUAUGUAGUUAUGGAAGUAUGGCAGCAUUCAAGUAUGAAAUGAGAUUAAUAAAUUUAGAAAUGUUUAAAAGAUUGCAUAAAUAUCCAAAAACACAAUCUAUGCAUCCAGUGGUGAAUUUUCUGAUUUCUAAUAAGUGGUGAAGGAAUUAGCAAAAAUUGAUAGAUCAGCCUUAUAAUAUGAUGAUGGAGUUCAUCCUUCACCUAAAGAUUAUGGUAAUUUCUUAGCAAGAUUGUCAUAUAAAAAAAGAUGCAAAAUAAAUCCAUUGUAUUUAUAGAAUGUUGUAGCUGUAUUAAAUUCUCAAAAUUUAGGGAUUCCAUAAUGGGGAAAGAUAUUUAGCACUUGUUGAUAUUUAUGGUACCUAUUUAGAAUCAAACUUUAUUACAACUGGAUUUGCAAGUUACUUCUGUAAAGCUAUCAUAAGUAAUUAUUGGAAUGAGAAUUGUACUCUUGAUUAAGCAAAAUAAGUAAUUAGAGAAUGUUUUAAAGUAUCAAUAGUUUAUAUUAUUAGGUGUUAUUCUGUAGAGAUUGUAGAGCUCAUGAUGUUAUAUAAUUGGCAUAUGUAGAUGAAUAAGGUACACAUAUUGAAGAACAAGAGAGAGUAGAUACAAAAUGGGACUUUAAUGGAUUCAAAUUUAGGGCAAAUGAGAAAUUACACACAUAAUGAAC